AUGGAUCAAUCCCCCAUCGUCCGCGCACUGCGGCGGCAGCCCGUCUGGAUCGUGCUGGCCGUGUCGAGCGGAGCGUGUGCCGCCUUCAACGGCGUCUUUGCAAAGUUAACAACCACAUCCCUAACAUCCAACCUGUCCUCCUCGAUCGCGACCUUCCUCUCGCUCUCGCCCAGCAACACCUUCGUCGACCUGGCCGUCCGGGGCACCUUUUUCCUGCUCAACCUCCUCUUCAACGCGCUGAUGUGGGCGCUGUUCACGUCCGCCCUCACACGGGCCGAGUCGACCACGCGCGUCAGCAUCAUCAACGUCUCGGCGAACUUCGUCAUCACGGCGGUGCUGGGUGCGCUAAUAUUUGGCGAAAAGCUGGGCGGGACAUGGUGGCUGGGCGCGGGGAUGUUGGCCGUGGGCAACGUCGUGAUCGGACGGCGAGAAGAAGGCACCAAGCCUGGCGGGAGCGUUGGACUGGACGAGACGAGGGAGGAGGCGGAGCGGUUGAUGGGCGGAGAAUCAGAAAGAGGUGGCCGUGCCGAAGUGGACCUGGUAGAGUUAGACGACAAUCCCGAGGGACUGUCGACGAGGCAGGGAGAGGCGCAGAGUAGGUUGAGGAAGGGAGAAGAGGUGGACGAUCCGAUCUGA